AUGGCUACCAAACACGCACCCAACGCCUCGGCCAACAAGAUUGAGCUUUUCUCGCCGACAUAUUUCGCAGCCUGCACCCUGGGAGGCAUCAUUGCUUGCGGUCCAACACAUACCUCUGUCACACCACUCGAUCUCGUAAAAUGCCGGCGCCAAGUCGACUCAUCCCUAUACAAGUCCAACAUUGAGGCAUGGAAGAAGAUCUACAGCAAAGAGGGCCUUAGGGGUAUCUUCACAGGCUGGCAACCCACUUUCGUCGGCUACGCUUUCCAGGGUGCCGGAAAGUAUGGUCUCUAUGAGGUUUUCAAGUACUACUAUGGUGAGACCCUGUUCCCGAACGCACCCAAGACGGUUGUAUACCUAGGUGCUUCCGCCUCCGCCGAGUUCUUCGCCGACAUGGCUCUCUGCCCCUGGGAAUCAAUCAAGGUGCGCAUGCAGACUACGAUGCCACCUUAUGCCAAGACCCUGCCAGAGGGAUGGAGCAAGGUCACACAGAAGGAGGGCAUCGCUGGCCUCUACAAGGGUCUGUACCCUCUAUGGGCGCGACAGAUUCCAUAUACCAUGGUCAAGUUCGCAUCGUUCGAGAAGGCCGUAGAACAGAUCUACAAGUCGUUGGGCAAGCCGAAGGAGGCUUUCAACACCCUCCAGCAAACCGGUGUAUCUUUCUUGGGUGGAUACAUCGCUGGUGUCGGCUGUGCUGUUGUGUCGCACCCGGCCGAUGUCAUGGUCAGCAAGCUCAACUCUGACCGCAAGGCGGGUGAGGGAGCCAUGACUGCCGUCGGCAGAAUUUACAAGAACGUCGGCUUCGCAGGCUUGUGGAACGGUCUGCCCGUCCGUAUCUUCAUGAUCGGUACCUUGACAGCCUUCCAAUGGCUGGUUUAUGAUUCUUUCAAGGUAUAUCUCGGGCUUCCCACCACUGGUGGACACUAG